AUGCAAUCUCCUAAUAGGACCUUCUUCAGCCCUUCCAUCUUCACUCUAAUUGGAGUCCCAGGCCUGGAGUCAAUACAACAUUGGAUUGGGAUUCCAUUCUUCAUUUCCUUUAUCCUGGCAGUUAUUGGCAAUAGCUUCCUUAUCAUCAUCAUUCGUUCUGAACGCAGCCUCCAUGAGCCUAUGUAUAUUUUCUUGGCUAUACUGGCAGCUACUGACUUGGGGCUCACCCUAUGCAUCACACCUAAAAUGUUAGCCAUUUUCUGGUUGCGGGUACGAGAGAUCCACUUUAAUUCCUGCUUGGUCCAGAUGUACUUUACUCACACGUUCCAGUGCAUGGAGUCAGGCAUCCUCCUGGCUAUGGCAUUUGACCGUUAUGUAGCCAUCUGCAACCCUCUAAGGCACUCAGCUAUCCUCACCAAGAAAGUACUCAUUAACAUCAUUGUUGCUGUCACCAUCCGAGCUGCCAUUAUCAUCAUCAUGUGCCCACUUCUCAUCAAGUUGAGGCUGAAGGUAUUCAAGACCACAUUCAUCUCCCACUCCUACUGUGAGCACAUGGCUGUGGUCAGGCUGGCAGCUGUAGAUACAAAAGUAAAUAAAGUAUAUGGUCUCUUUGUGGCUUUCUCAGUCCUGGGCUUUGAUGUAAUUUUCAUCUUUAUAUCCUACAGCCUGAUCUUCCGGGCUGUCUUUAAGUUGCCCCAGAAGGAAGCCCGGCUCAAGGCAUUCAAUACCUGCACAGCCCAUAUCUUUGUUUUUCUUCAGUUCUAUAUCCUGACCUUUUUCACAUCAUUUAUACAUAGAUUUGGAUUUAAUGUUGCCCCUUAUGUCCACAUUCUCCUUUCCAAUCUAUACUUGCUUGUUCCACCUUUGCUUAACCCCAUUGUCUAUGGGGUGAAAACCAAACAAAUCCGUGAAGGGAUGAUUAAAAUAUUCCAUUCCAAGGGUUCAGCAUAA